AUGAGUUGUAAAAAAGAGGCGGAGGGCGGAGCUGCCCUGCCCUGCUGCCAAUGGGAGAAGUUGAAGGCCUCUCCGGGUGGGGGGACGCAGAAGGGCCCGGGCCCCAGCCGAGGGCGCGGGGGUUCGGCGGCUGCCCUCCGGGGCUCCCCGCCGCCCGGGAAACGCUGCGCCUCAGGAGCCGCAAGAAGGCCGGGCGCAGCGGGAGGGGCCUCCUCUGCGACGGGCGGAGAGGGCAGGGCGGCCCCGCCGGCUUCGCCUGUGUGGUUCUUGAAUGCGCGGGUGGUAUUGCACCCCCCGAGCGGCCCUCAAGGCUCCGGCCUCCCAAGACACAGGCAGCUCAGCCCCCAGGGAAGCGAUCCUUGCUGGCCUCCGUGCUGUGACUGAAGCUGCCAGAAGAUGCACGAGGGUGAAACUGCAGCCGUUCUCUGCUCUCUGU